AAAAGCAAAAAAAGAAAAUCACACACGAGGCAGAGAGAGUAAAGAAAGAAACCAAAGCUUGCUGCGGAGGUAAGAAGCAAAUCUGAGCAACAAAGAAAAUGAGAACAAGAAGAAGAAGUUCAUUCUUUCGAAGCAGAAGGAAAUGCUGAGUUUCCAUUGAAAGUUUGUAGCCGAUCGAUCUAUAGAGUUCUCGAUCUGUUGGCUUGACAAAGCAUUAAAUGCUUUAGAUCCAAGUGUUGGUACGGCAUUCGUGGCGACUGUCAUUGCCAUUUAACUUAACCAAUUUUUGGCUUUUCAAAUUUGAGAUCUUAAUCGACUUCUCAACAAGCAUUCACUGUUCUGUUGAAGAUUUUUUUGUACUUCAAUUUAUGGAUUUGGCUGGUAAAAUUGGAAUUAAAUUAGUUCCUUGAACUCGUGGAAGUGGAAAUUUGUGUUCAAGUUGCUAUUUUCAGCUUAAAUUAUUUCCUUUGUGCGCUAUAUCUCUGUAUGAAUAUGGGCUAUUGGAUUUGGCACAAGUGCUGUUUCAUGUUGGACAGUAAAGAGAGUACAGAGUUGUGAUUUUGGAAACAAUUUGGCUGGUGGAGAUGCCUCCUUCUCCAGCAUUGAAGUGUUCUCCUGGAAGGGAGUUGAGAGGGGAGAAUCACAAGCGCGGGCGAAGUUUUGAGAGUGGGUUGCUUUUCAAAGAAAAAGAUGAUGAUCUUGCUUUGUUCAAUGAAAUGCAGAUGAAAGAAAAGGAAAGUUUUUUGCUUCAGUCUGUGGAAGACCUUGAAGACGUGUUAUCUACAAAAUUGAGGCAGUUUACAGAUUUCAAGCUUGGAAUCACAAUUCCAGCUCGAGGAGAGAGUAGUGAACUGCUCAAUGCAGAAGGGGAGAAGAAUGAUUAUGAUUGGUUGGUGACUCCUCCAGACACCCCUCUUUUUCCUUCCUUGGAUGAUGAGCCAGCACCGGUUAAUGUUGCACGGAGAGGCAGACCACUGAGUCAACCUAUUUCCAUAUCAAGAUCAUCCACUAUGAGCACCUGUAUGCAGAUGGAGAAGAGUUACAGAAGCAGUAGAGGCAGUGCAAGUCCAAACCGCUUAAGCCCAUCACCUCGCUCCAGCAACAAUUCAUUCCAGUCAACAAGAGGGAGGCCAUCUUCAGCUCCUCAUUCCAGUCCAACCCCUGCACAGCGACCUGUUACUCCUACACGGAGACCAUCUCCUACCCCAAAUAAACCCUCAACGCCUGCUCCUAGGUCUUCUACUCCAACUCCACAGAGGAUGAGCACAUGGUCCAGAAGUAGCACGGCUUCAUCUGGGGUUAAGGGAACUUCCCCUGUAAGGACAAGCCGAGGGAACUCUGCUUCUCCAAAAAUAAGGGCGUGGCAGUCAAAUAUCCCUGGAUUUUCCCUUGAAGCACCACCCAAUCUCCGUACUUCCUUAGUUGAUCGACCUGCUUCAUAUGUGAGAGGUUCAUCACCAGCAUCCAGAAAUGGUAGGGAUUCAGCUUCAAAAUUUGGCAGGCAAUCAAUGUCACCAACUGCUUCUAGAAGUCUCAGUUCAUCCCAUAGUCAUAGUCAUGAUCGGGACCGAUUUAGCUCUCACAGUAAAGGUUCAGUGGCAUCAUCUGGUGACGAUGAUAUUGAGUCUCUACAAUCUGCUCCUAUGGGCAUCUCAGACAGCACAGUUUCAAGGAGAGUUUGCGCCUUUUCAAAUAACAGAGCUCCAGCUUUUUCUAAGAAAUCCCCGAAAAUGUUGUCUCCAAGUUCUGCUCCAAAAAGAUCCUUUGAUUCUGCUCUUCGUCAAAUGGAUCAUCGAAAGAGCCCCCAGAAUAUGUUCAGACCACUGUUGUCUAGUGUCCCCAGUAACAAUUUUUAUGUUGGAAAAGGCAAUUCUGCUCAUCGCUCUUUGAUAUCUCGUAAUUCCUCAGUUACAACCAGCAGUAAUGCAAGCUCUGAUCAAGGUGCAAUUGUUGCACAUGAUACUGAAGGAAGUGAUCACCACCAGGAUGAUAUGACUAGUGAUUGUGUGAAAUUAUCAUGUCCUGAAGUUCAAGAAGAAAUCUUUGCCUUUGAUAAAGUGGAUGCAUUAGAUGAAGAAGCUGAGCGUGAAAGGCAUAAUAAGUCAACUAACCUUCAGCUUGGUGGCUUGGAUAGGGACCCUGCCAUUGCCUGUGAGGAGUUUGGCUACCAUGGUCGUGAUAUGGAACCAAAUCCGGCGACUAAUGAUUUGUUUCUCAGGAUUGAUUCUUCUGAAGUUGGUAGCUUCGAUAAUAUAAGACUUUGUUCAACAUGCGGUCUCAGAUACUGUGUCAAUGAACCAGUGGAAGGAGACAUUUAUCUUUGUCCAGAUUGCAGAAAGCAAAGUGAUAAUAUGGGAGUCACCAACCAUGAGCCAACUCUAUUAGUAGCUGAGGAUUUCUCAGAGUUGUCUGUGAAUACAUCUGACAGGAAUAAUUCAUCUGAGGAAUUAAAGCCCCCAAUUGCUGUACCUGAACUGUCAUCGCAAAAAUUUGAUUUGGUUGAAUCAAGGGUUUCUGAGCAUGAAGAGAAUGCUGAGCAAAGCCAGAAGUACUCACGAGCAAAUUCUCUUGUAAGAUCUGUUGUGGAGGGAAGUGAACAAAAGCUUAAUUACCAGCAAGAGAUUGACCAACCUACCAUUGGCCAUGAUCUACCUGGUAAGGACAAUGGAGGUCAGCAGUUGCAGCACUUCAGAGACUAUUUAGAUUGUAAGGUUGACUCUUCAGAAGGUGCUGGCAUUUCCUUACUGCUCAAGAGGUCAAGCAGUAGCAAGGGGCCUGUUCUUCAAGGCAGGACUUUCACUGCCACUACUAUACCUUAUGAAGAUCUAUCUUAUACAAGAAAUAGUGCAAACAGUUUUAGAAGCUCCAUAGGACAUGGAAGUGCAUCUGCAUCAUCCUCAGCUGAUUUCAGUUCAUCAAGACAAACUGAGUCUCGUGUACAACGACAGUUGAGUGGCAGGAAAUCUGACACAGAGAAUCACAGAUAUGAUGCAAAUAUGAAACCUCAAAGCAUUGGAUCAUCUUUAUCUGGAAGUUCAAACCAUACUUAUCAGGCUUUUGGUCUUGCAAGAAGCACGAAAGAGGUUUCAGUGAGUGAUACGAAAUACGAUUAUGUAGGAGGAUCACCUUUCACUUCACAACCUGAACUGCUAACUUCAGAAAAUAAAGAAGCAGGUGUUGCUAAUCCUUCAGUUCCCGAGGAAGGUAAUUUGGGACGUAAUGAAAGUAGUAGAACAAUGGAUGCUUCUACCUCAGAAUUGUCAAGCCAUGUGGCGAGCAUUCAGUCUGAGCAAAAUUCAGUAGCAUCCUUUCCAAAUUAUGAAGAAAAUGUAUCAUAUGAAUAUGGAGAAGACAUUCCAAAUCAUGCGAGGAAUGUCUCUGAUGUAGAAGCAUCAGUUAGUACUCUCGAGUCUUCUGAUGAGGAAUAUCAUACCAAGCUGAAUUCUGGCCGUGAUGCAGUGGAUAUAGCAGAAGCUCCUGCUCAAGUCUCUUUGACUACAAUAACAGAAAUAGAAAUUGAGAAAACUUUUCCUAGUUCCCCUAGUUCACAGAGUGGAGAUGUCUCUCCCAAGUCAAUAAGCAUUGUGAAUGAAUUUCAGGAACUGUCUUAUCGUCCGCCUUCAGAUAAUGAUAUAUCAACUGUUCCAGACCCCAGCUUCUCAGAUAAUGCACAUGGCAUUUUAGAUGAGUCAACAGUUCUGGUAGAGUCCCGAGGAGGAAGUAAAGCAAGAAGCCUGACACUAGAAGAAGCAACGGAUGCAAUACUUUUAUGCAGCUCCAUGGUCCAUGAUAUGGCCUAUCAGGCUGUAACCAUUGCAAUGGAGAAGGAAAGCUCAGUGCCAGUGGAAGGUUCCAGGCCAACGGUAACAAGAUUGGGAAAAUCUAGUUCUGAUAGAAAGAACCAACGAGGCAGGACUGUAGGUAAACACACUUUAAGAUCCCAAAAAGCAAGGCAGAGGCGGGUAGAAACAAAUGCAAAGCCUCCUGCAAAUGAGACUGAAAAUGAUGAGAAUGCGGAUGAAUCUGUGAUUCGCAAUGUUGGGCUUCCCAAUAAAGUGGAUACUAUGAAGCCUACAAAGCUGGAAUCCAGGUGCAAUUGCACAAUAAUGUGAAAGUCUUUCAUUCAAACCAUGCACCAGUGUCCUACCAUGUCAUUGUGUUAUAUAUAUAUAUAUAUAUAUAUAUAUAUAUUCGGAGAGAGGGGGUGCUGAGAUGAAGAAUGGUUAUAAUUUUAUUGGUUUUGUGUUUGAAGGGCUGUUAGGAUAAUUGGCAAUUGGUUUUUGUUGGUUCAAAAUUUAUUUGUAAAAAAACACCAGGCAUAAGUGUAAAGUUGUAUUGUGAUUAGGCUGAUGAUAUUCGUGAGAGGCAUUGGAGGGUGGUGCUUGCUCCACUCCAAUCGCCCCAUUCUUGUUAGUUAUUUGUUUAACUCAGGCCUUCGCCUGCACUGCCGCUAAGAAUGCAUUAGAAUUGCACCUA